GUCCAAGUCAAAAAGACGAAAGACAGGGCAUGUUCCUGGAAACCAGAUAAAGCAAAGAAGAAAAAGGCAGGCCAUCUUCCCGGAAAAGAGAUGAAAAAGACUUAGACAUUGUGGAAUAUAGUUCAAUUACUCAAUUAGCUGAUGUUUUAGUUUACCCUUCCUUGUUUAUGCGAAGUACCUCUCAUCACUUGCAGCAGUUAAUGGCUUCCUCUUCUUCUUCUUCCAUUACUCCUGAACUAGAGCAUGAGGUUUUCUUUAGUUUCCGCGGUGAGGACACCCGACAAAACUUUAUCAGCCAUCUAAAUGAAGCCUUUUGUCAGAAAAAGAUUAAAACUUUCAUUGAUGAUAAGCUUAAUAGAGGAGAAGAAAUUUCUCCCUCUCUUUUGAAGGCAAUUGAACAUUCAAAGAUCUCGGUUAUCAUUUUCUCUAAAGGCUACGCUUCCUCCAGAUGGUGUCUCAAAGAACUUGAGGAGAUUGUUAAAUGUAAGAACACGUAUGAUCAGAUCGUAAUACCAGUCUUCUAUGACGUGGAUCCAUCUGAUGUCAGGAAUCAAACUGGGGAUUUUGGGAAAGCAUUUGCUGAGCUUGAAAAGCGUUUUAUGGAUGAUUCAGAGAUGUUGCAGAGAUGGAGGACUGCUUUGAGGGAUGCAGCCAACAUAUCUGGUUAUGAUUCAAAGAACUCUAGGAAUGAGGCAACACUGAUAAAAGAUCUUGUCAAUGAUGUAUGGAAGAAAUUGGAUUACAACUCCUCAGUUAUUCCUUCCAAGUACCUAGUUGGACUAGAGUCAUUAAUCAAAGAGAUUGAAAAUUUAUUAUGUUCAAAGGGUGUUUGCAAGCUAGGAAUUUGGGGCAUAGGAAAAACUACUCUUGCUGAUGCUGCAUUUAAAAAACUCUCUAAACAGUUUGAAGAAUCUUACUUCAUUCCAAAUAUUAGAGAAGAAUCAGAAAAAAGAAGGGGAUUAAAUGACUUAUGCCAAAAACUGAGUUUUGCAGUUUUAGGGGAUGAACAUCCCAAUAAUAGAUUCACUUUCACAAGAAGAAGUUUUAUUAGCAAAAAAAAAGUUCUUAUUGUAUUUGAUGAUGUAACGAAUUUAAAUCAAAUGCAAUGUUUAAUGGCAGUUUUUGGUGAGUUAGAUUCAUACAGUCGAAUCAUUAUAACGUCAAGGGACAAACAUGUGCUAAGAAAUUGUGAAGUGGAUCACAUUCAUGAGAUGACAAAGUUAUCUCCUGAUGAUGCUUUUAAACUUUUUUCCCUACAUGCCUUUAGAGGAAACCCCCCAAUAGAAGAUUAUAUCAAGCUAUCAUCUGAAGUGGUAGAUUAUGUUGAAGGUCUUCCACUAGCUCUUGAAGUUUUAGGUUCCUUUCUAUUCACUAGGACAAAGAGAGAAUGGGAAAGUGCACUAGAAAACUUGAAAACAAGUCCUCCUGUGGAUGUCCAAAAAGUGUUAAAAAUAAGUUACGAAGGAUUAGAUGAUAAACAGAAGUGUGUAUUUUUGGAUAUUGCAUGUUCUUGUAAAGGGUGUAAAAGAGAUUUUGUACAAGCAAUCUUGAAUGAUCAUGACUUAGACGCUCAUAUUUGUAUUAAUGUUCUCAUUGAAAGGUGUCUCAUAACUACAUCAUCUGACACUAUAACAAUGCAUGAUUUACUUGAAGAAAUGGGUAGAGAAAUUGUUCGGCAAGAAUCAAUUGAUAAUCCAGGCAAACGUAGUCGGUUGUGGCAUCAUGAUGAAAUAUUUUUACUAUUUAAGAAUAACACGGUAACUAGAGCAAUUCGAAGCAUAUGCUUGGAUAUGUCUAAAGUGGAAGAGCUACAUUUAAAUCCUGAAGCUUUUAACAAAAUGCCAAACCUACGAUUCUUGAAAUUUUAUUGGUCUGAACAUGGAAAGAAGGUGCCUGAAUCUGAUUCCUCUACAUUCCGUUGUAUCUUGAGUUGGUUGAAAAGAGAAAACUCCAAUGAUGGAAAGAAGGUGCAUGGUUUUGAGAAACUUAAGUUUGAUUUCUAUGGGCUAAGGUAUUUUUGCUUUGAUGGAUAUCCUGCCAAAUCAUUGCCACCAAAUUUUAAUCCAAAGAACCUUGUUGCACUUUACAUGCCUAAUAGCAAAGUUAAAAAACUUUGGACUGGUAACCAGGUAUUUGUUAACUUUUAUAUUGCCUUUUUUUUGUAUGCUUUAAAUUGUAAUUUUUUGUAAGUUAGUUAUGUUGCUAGCUUUACUUCAUUUAAUUUUAAUUUUUUUUCUUUUUUUGAUAGGUUCUUGUUAAUUUGAAACAUAUUGACCUCAGACACUCUAAGCAUCUAUGCAGAAUACCAGAUUUUUCACUUAUGCCAAA